CCAACGAUGGUGCACCUGAUGAGCCAGUUCGGGGGGUUGGUCCUGCCGGCGAUCCUCGUCAUCAGUCAGUACAUCGCGCUCGUUGACAGCUGGGUGCCAGAUGUCCAGAGUAAGCUACGCAUCCCAUACGAUGCGACAGUGCCGUCAUUUUUCGGCAACAACAGCGAUCAUUUCAAGCUGCUGGAUCAGAACGAGAACACGCUGCUGAUCGGGGCGCGUAACGCCGUGUACAACAUUUCGAUCGAUCAGCUGGUGGAGAUUAGCGGGCAGCGCAUCUCGUGGCCAUCUUCGGACGCGCACCGGGAGCUGUGCACGCUGAAGGGCAAGCAGGACCCCGACUGCCAGAACUACAUCCGAGUGUUUGCACGAGUCGGCGGCAACCGGAUCAUGAUCUGUGGCACGAACUCGUACAAACCGCUCUGUCGGUACUACAACGUGCUGCCCGGCAACGGGACGGUCGUGUUCGACAAUAAUGAGUUGGAAGCGCAAGGACGCUGUCCGUACAAUCCGCAGCAUAACAGCACCUACGUGUACACGGGCGACGGACAGCUGUACUCGGCGACGGUGGCCGACUUUUCCGGGGCCGAUGCGCUGAUCUACCGCGAGACGCAGCGCACGGAGCAGUACGACAGCAAGCAGCUGAAUCAGCCGGCUUUCGUUAACGCGAUCGAGUACGGCGGCUACGUGAUGUUCUUUUUCCGCGAGGUCGCGAUCGAGUACAUCAACUGCGGCAAGGCGAUCUACUCGCGCGUGGCGCGCGUCUGCAAGAACGACAAGGGCGGUCCGUAUCCCUUCCAGGACCGGUGGACCUCGUACCUGAAGGCACGCCUCAACUGCUCCAUCCCGGGCGAGUACCCGUUCUACUUCGAUGAGAUCCAGGCAACGACGGGCGCGAUCAGUGGACUGUACGGAGGCGAGCGCAACAAGAUCAUCUACGCGAUCAUGACGACACCGGAGAACGCAAUCGGCGGGUCGGCCGUAUGCGCCUUCUCCAUCCGGGACAUUCUGGACGCGUUCGAGGGACCGUUCAAGGCGCAACGGGAUAUGCACUCCAACUGGCUGCAGGUGCCACCGAGCGCGGUACCGCAGCCACGACCCGGCAAGUGUGUCGACGAUAGCCGCACGCUUCCGAAAGCGUCGGUGAACUUCGUGAAGACCAACAACCUGAUGGACAGUGCGGUGCGAUCGCUUCACUCGAGGCCCGUCUUCACGCGCGUCAGCCUCUACUAUCGGCUGACGGCGAUCGCGGUCGAUACGCAGGUGAAAGCGCUCGAUGGCCACCGGUACGAUGUGAUCUUCGUUGGCACGAACGACGGCAAGGUGAUCAAGUUCGUGAACAUCCUGUCGGCGAACAGCUCGGAAGACGUACGGACGGUGGUGAUCAGCGAAACGCAGGCAUUCCCGCCUGGGACGAAGAUCAACGAGCUAACCAUCUCGAAGCGCAACGCGGUCCUGGUGGUGAUCAGUGCGGGCAAGAUCGUCUCACUACCGCUGCACACGUGCCACGAGCAUGGAUUCAAGACGUGCCGCAAGUGUUUGGAUCUCCAGGAUCCGUACUGCGCGUGGGAUGACGUGAACCGGGAGUGCAAAACGAUCGACGAAGUGCACGCGUCGGGGGCACCGAUCGAUCAGUUUUACCAGCGGCUGGACGGGGAGCGCAUCGGCGAGAUCUGCCGGAAGUACGACCACCAGGAGCCGACGGUGCACGCGUACGAGGACAACGAUAUCUACACGCGGAUCGAUGGGUCGGGUGCGGUCGAGAAGCCGGACAAAACGUACGACCAGCGGAACGUGCUGAUCGUCCACUCGAACCACGGCACGGUGGCGUCGGUCGGGCCGGAGGACAUCGACAACGAGAUAUCGAUGUCGUCGAUCGAAGGUGACGAUCUGACGAACCGGAUCGUCAACCAGUACCACAGCAAGACGGAUACCUUUGUGAAAGAGAACGUGCAGAUAGCGUCGAUCAACUGGGCCAUCUAUUUGGUGGCCUCCUUGAUCAUACUGGUGAUCGGCAUACUGGUCGGCUGUAUGCUUACCCGGCACAGUAUCAUAAAAAAGUCUCUCCCCGGAUGCGAGCACCGCAAUCAGUUGAACUGGCACAAUGGGAAGAGUUUGAGCGCGCUGUCGCAGAACCGCACGAGCGGUAAGGACGUCAAUCUGCUGAUGAACACCACAAACCAGUACCACACGCAGCAGCAAGCGAUCGUUCAGCAGCUCCAGCAGCACCAUCAGAAUAACUGCAAGGACAAUAUCGACUUUGACUACAAGGAUCGGAGCGUGGAGUGCAAAAACUCGACCGAAAACCUCGAGAAGGACAUCAGCAAAGGGAUGGGCACACUGCAGAAGACGCGCCACUUGAAGACGUUUAAGCCGUAGAAAAUGGCCACCAUCGAAACCGAACGAAUCGCCCCUCCGAAAAGGAGGUACCAAUUGUUGUUGCCAUUUUCCGGUCCCCUUGCUCCGCACGGCAUGCUCUAGGGAAGCCGGAACGGCAGUGUGUAGAGUGACGCGAAGAAAGGGGAUACAGAGAUCACCGGCGGAGGAGAGAAGAGGAGAAGUGGGUGGUACAUCAACACAGGGACACGACAUAACAUCGCCCAAUGCCCAAUGAAAUAAAAGAGGCAGAUAAAGAAGAACGAAAACCCAUCAAACCACGAUACGAUCGAUAGAGAAACAAUGUUAAGCUGGUUACGGUUAGUGACACGAGAGUGAGACUGUGUGCCUAGCACAAACCUUACGGUGGCCUGCCCUAGAUAUUUUCCGAUGCCGCGUUCGGUCGGCACUGACCUCUGUUACGGUGGACGAUGAUCGAGGAGUACAUUGGUAGAGAAAUCAGUGACAGAGAGCAACCGGAGACGCCUUACAAUGUGCCGCCGAACUGCAGGACGAUCGCCUUAGUUCGACCAGAAGAGUCGUGAAGGAACGAUGUACGUUUAGAGACGAUUCGAUUAAAUGGUGGUUGCUAACGAAACAGAUGAUCGCUCGAAUAGAAUGCGCCACGAUCAUUGGAGUGAAGAUAAUAGGGACCGGGGCCGGUUAUUUCUUCCUCGCCGUGUCCGUCAUAAACUUAUGCGUUCCAAUAAAAAAGCGAGCCCAGCUCGUACGUAGGGUAAUGAAUUAAGUGUAACUGCGAAAAAAAGAACACCUCGAGGAUGGAGAGGAUCUCGUUGUAGCGUUAAAAAUCGACACAUGAAACGUUCAAAUGAGCUUCCAACCGUAAGUGACCAUCUCUAGGCGCGUACCCCGAUUGACGAAGCAAUCAUCGAAUUGAUCUUUUAUUUUUCAUUACAUUAAUGACAUCCAUUUACGAUGAUGAGAUAGAGAAAUAGAGGAUAUUGUAUAUAGGGAGACGAAAAGAGAGAGAGUGAGUGAGUGAAUGGGAGAUCGCGAAACGGAGAGUUUUAGGUAAAUAUUUCGAAAUGUGUUUCUCUUUCCCCGUGACAUCCGCUGACCAAUCCGCUAGGCUAGGAACUUGGAACUUAGAUGUAAUAUAGAUAUAGAAUCGUUAGCCUUACGCCCAUAAGAAAUGGAGCACCGCAAGGGGCCCCCCAACGCCCAAGAAUCUUCUGUCGAACAAAACAAGGCCGUCCACAAACCGACCAAUACUCUCUCGACCGUGUGCUUUGGAUAACGAAGCUAGCGAAACCAACUGCAAUGUUUUAACGAAUUGACAUUUUAAACGGAAAAGUUCAGUUAUAUAUAUGUCCCACCUUAUUUUACUACGAUCAAGGCCCGACGAUUCAGAAUAGCGUUAUCACGGUAUUAAUUUGUGUUUUUUUUAACGAUCAACGAAACAAUCGAUGAUACUAUUGUGCUAUAGAGUGUAGAGUGCCGGCACGAAGAACGCAGAAGAACUCGGAACUUAUGGAUCGAAAUGGAGCAAUAUUUUAACGCCCCAGCGUCGUCUGGGGCGCAGUUUUAAGAAACCGUUUUUUUUCUUCUAAGCUUAAGCGAGAAACGAGGCGAAACAAUGUGAUAAAAAUGAGUAUUUUAAUUAUUUUGCGAUUUUGUUUCUUGUAUCCCGCGGUGGGACCUCGAGGGACGGACGGACGCGCCCCGGUGGCAGAGGGUGCUCGUCCGGUUUGUUGUAUUUUUAUUCUGUUUGCUAUUUUAACUUUAUUAGCGUAAGCGUAGCAUAGGAGCGCCACGAUCGAAAAUGAUCGACAGAUCACGAAUCGAAUUAGAGUUGGGUGGUAAACGAAAGGUCGAUCCGACAAACUGGUAUCGAUCGUGGCCUUUUUAAGCAAGGUAAAUAAGCUAGUGACAAGCGCCUAAAGGACGAAUUGAUCUGAUUGGGUGUGCCUCAAAAAACAAACGAAGGGCGUGUAAAAGACGCCUGUAACGUAGUGGAUUAUAAUGCUUAGCGAAAGUGAGUGUUAGGGCGAACGUUAGGCGUUAGGGCGAACGGUAUGCGAACGUACAAUACAGAGCUUAGGAACAAUUACUAUAGAUUACUAUAUACACGGGAGGCGCGCCAUCCCGACGAUGAAUUG